AUGGAAGAUUUGAACGAGGGAAAUGUAGGCGCUGACGAUUCGAGAGUUGAGGACUCCAGUCAAGAGGAGAGCGGGCAGCAGUCUAGCCCGAUGGUGAGCAUGGAGGUAGAGGAGGAGGGUAGCCGUGAGCGCCCGUCGACCGAAAGCGAUUCAUUGUCGAAGAGAGAGCUGGUUAAGAUCAUUGCUGACCAAGACAAGGCAAUAGCCAUGCUUCGAAGGGAGUUAGAGGGAGGAAGGAGUGUUGAUGCGAGGGAGUACAGCCCCCCGGUGAGGAAACAAGAUAAGCUAGUAUAUGAUUCGGAGGCUGGUGAGUACUGGCGCCCACACUAUGAAGGGCCAAAUGGGGACCACCCAAGCGUCCGGGCACGUGGAGGGCGCCUGGUGAUCUUGCCACCCCAGGACCAGAGGAGCACAAUCCUUGGAUGCCUAGACGCCAGACCAGGCGCUUUGGGGUCAGGCAACCCCUGGUGCAGAGCGUCCUAA